UUGACAUUCAAAUUGAGAAGGAUAAAUGGAUAAAAACGCCAGAAGCUCACCGUCUUUCCCUCUGGCCGGUCGUGUAGCUAUAGUGACUGGAGCCACAAGAGGCAUCGGUCGUGCGAUUGCAAUUCACCUCCACAGCCUUGGCGCAAGAGUUACCCUCAAUUAUGUCUCGAGCUCAUCAGAAGCUGAACUAUUGGCUUCGGAACUAAACGCGUCAUCUCAACAAAACUCAGCAAUAUCAGUCAGAGGAGAUGUUUCAGAUCCAGACCAGAUCAAUAACUUGUUUGAUCAAACCGAACAAGAGUUCGGAUCAAAAGUUCACAUUCUCAUUAAUUGUGCAGGUGUCUUGGACCCAAAGUAUCCAUCUUUAUCCGAGACUACACUUGAAGAUUUCGAGAAAACAUUCAGAACUAACACGAGAGGGGCUUUCGUGUGUUGCAAGGAAGCCGCUAAGAGGGUUGUUAGAGGAGGUGGUGGAAGAAUCAUUAUGAUGUCUACUUCACAGGUCGGAGCACUCUCGCCAGGUUAUGGUGUCUAUACCGCGUCAAAGGCUGCCGUGGAAACAAUGGUAAGAGUGUUGGCAAAGGAACUGAAAGGAAGCCAGAUAACCGCAAACUGUGUUGCUCCGGGGCCGGUUGCAACAGAGAUGUUCUACGCAGGAAAAAGUGAUGAAACGGUGAAGAUGCUUGCAAGCGCGUGUCCAAUGGGGAGGAUUGGUGAGCCAAAGGAUGUUGCGGAGAUUGUAGGAUUUUUGGCAGGUGAUGGUGGGGAAUGGAUCAACGGUCAGGUUAUUAGAGCCAAUGGUGGCUUUGUUGUGUGAAAAAGGAAGAUUUAAUUAUAAAAUAUUGAUGUGAAAGUCUUUUGGUGUGUUGAACUAUGUUUAAUUCGUUGAUGAGUGGUUAAUGAAGUUCAGAUGUUUUUGUUUUA